AUGGCAGACGUCAUCCAUAUCCUGCACAAUAACAUUGGAAUGUACGAGAGCAGCACCGAACAGGAAACCAUCACUUGCACUCUCCAAGCUCGAGAGCAGAUUGGCUGCUCGUUGUGGGCCCCAGACCAUGCGCCUGACGCGGGCGAAUGUCCUCCUUCCCCCACCUUACGCCGCUUCUUUGAUCAGCCGAGCCAUUUGCGAUGCGCUACCACCGCUGCUACGCCCUCCCUUAGUACCUACAAUGGUCACAUGGUCCAGAGAAGGCACGAUUGCAGUACCUGCAAUCACACGUAG